AUGGCGGCGACAGUGGCUUGGCUCAGCAAAGCAGGGCCAGCAGACUACCUCCCACGGGAGCUCAUGUUUAUGAUCUUCUCGUACCUUCCGGGCACACACCUCGCAAAGGCGGCACAGGUCUGUUCAACUUGGCAGAGUCUGGCAUACGACCCGCUGCUCUGGCGCCGGCUGCUGAUGGCUGCUGCGGCUCCGGUGGUACUCGCGCCCAAUCCAUCGCCUCGAAAGGCGUUUAUCACUCUGUUUCGUACUCGCAGGAUCUGGCGCCGGAAGCUAGCUGGCGGUUCGUCACGGCCGCCACGGCCGAUGGCCAAGCUCGCCGCUGCGGCCCCACCGCCGGGUUCUCAGGCCGCUCUUGCUGUGGCUGCCUCCCACGAGCCCGAUCCGAACCGAGUCACACACAUUGCGGCUGCUGGCGAUACGCUGGUGGUUGCCACCGAGGUUCAUCCGGCGCUGCGGGCGUCGGCAUUGGGGUCAUCGGGACCGUCGGGCUCAUCGGCGUCGUCGUUCCGCCGAGAUGCACCGCGGAUGGUUCUCGCGGUCUAUGCUGGCGGCAAUGUGCGGCGGCCGGUAGCCACGGAGCUUCUACCGGUUGUCGCCGGAAGUGUGUGCGUGGCGCAAACAGCACGCGGUGCUACGGUGGUUGUUGGCUGCGGCGGCUCGAUGUAUGCGUACAUGCUGGCGAGCGGCAAGACCGAGCUGCGCCGGAUCGGCAAGCUUGUUGCGCACCUCGGGCGAAUCAUUGCGCUCGCUGCCAGCGCAGGGCGCGUUGCAUCGGCAGGAAGUGAGGGCUCGAUCAGUGUCUGGGACGCGCCACGCGGCACCAUGCUCUUCCGCCACGAGAUCGAGGCCGGCUUUGUGGGCCUUGUGGGGAGCAAAGUCGUUGUCGGUGAACCGUGCGCGGCGGCGAUGACCGUGCUUGAUGGCGAGUCUGGCGAGCUUCUUGCGCCUGCCGCCUUGCCGGACGACGCUGAAGGACGGAUGGUGUCUUGGUGCUGUGUCCCGGGCGCCCCACGUGUUGCGGCUUCAACAACCCGUGGCCAAGUCGUUGUCUUUGAUGUCACCGACGGCGCACCGGUCGUUGUCCACAGUUUGCGGGCACGCCCUCAUCCUGGCUGA